AUGGAAUACAAGAAGUUUUUACUAUUUGGGGAUUCGAUUACAGAAUUCUCAUUUAAUUAUAGGAUGGAAGAAGACAAAAAGGAGCAAUUUACAUUUGGUGGUGCUCUUGUGGAUGCUUAUAGAACAAGGAUGGACAUUUUGCAUCGUGGAUUUUCAGGAUAUAACACCAGAUGGGCAUUAACCCUUUUACCAAGAAUAUUGGCUAAUGAAAAUAAUAUAGCCAUUGCAACUAUUUUCUUUGGUCCUAACGAUGCUUCUAUUAGUGGUCCACAAAGGGUCCCACUUGAUGAAUAUAUAUCAAAUUCUGGGAAACUUGUAGAAUUAAUGAAGCAAAAAAAUAUUUUACCAAUCGUUAUAGGGCCGGCCACAUUCAAUGAGGAGCUUUAUUCAGAUCUGAAAAAAGAAGAUAUUGCCGCUGGUUAUGUUAGAACUGAUGCAAACUUCGGAAAAUAUUCAGAUGCUCUUGAAGAAUUUUGUAAAUCCAAGGAAAUUCCAUACAUUAAUCUAAGAAAGGCAUUCCUUGCAGAAGGAAGUGACAAUUGGAAAAACUGUCUUAGUGACGGUCUUCAUUUUAACGGUAAAGGCUACAAGAUUCUUUUUAAUGAAUUAAUGACAACCAUUGAUAAAUACUAUCCCAAUUAUCUUCCUGAAAAUAUCCCCCCUCGUAACAAGUAUUGGAGAGAUGUUAAGGAAGAUGGUUCUAAUUUAUGA